AUGCUCUGCUCUAACGGGGCCUUGGUCGAUCCACCCACACUGGACAAUGAUACUCCACUCUCAUUAGCCUUACAAUCACACAUGCGUGACACCGUGCGAAAAUUGGUUCAUCUUGGAGCGCAGUUGGAUAAGGACCUCGCUUGUCAAUACGUAAAUCGUGGUUUCUUGCCUCCGGACAUGUUUUCUCGCUCCUUUGUAACGGACUGCUCCGGUAUCCAUACAAUGCCACCAAGUACUCAAGGCACUAAUACAGUUACCGGAUCACCUAACCUUGUCACUACUACGAAUCACCACAAUGCACACUUUGUAUGCCCCUAUGAAGUUGCAGUUUCGAACAGUCAGGUUUUAAUCAAUCAACUCCAAUGCCAAUCAACGAGCUAUGACUUGGAACUCGCCAGGCGCAAACGAGAACUGAUACGUCGUUUGCCGUCUCUUCCUGGUCUUUCAUCCCAGUCGAUGCAAGUGCUCGCGGUACAAACGCAAAGAGUUGCUCGCGCUGAUCUUCCAUUGGAGGAUCGAAUCGAUGCCAUUUCCCUCGUGGCCAAUGCGCUCCCAGUGCUGUACUCGAACAACGCAGUUCACGAGAACGGACUGCAACAUUCUUUCUGGUCUAUCGGAACAGGUGGUGAACCCUAUUUGCGACUCUAUGAAGCUUGUAUGUGCGAGAGCCACUGUCCGAUUCCCCUUGCCGCACGACUGAGUCAAUUAUGCGUUAUUCUGGCCGCUUUGGGUGAUGGCCGAUCUGUGGAGUCUAUGGACACUAACUCAGUGGAUGCCAUUGUCGAUUCACAUUCUGCUGCCGUUGCAUCAUAUAUUACACGACUUUUGCGGAAGCUUAUUGCUAAAAACAACCCACAGUACCGCGCCGGAAUCCUUGCUCAUUUGUCCCGGAUGAUUUGCUGUCUAGCACAUGCCGAACUGAGUCCCUUGGUUCAACAUAUGUCUCCUAAGCUUUGGUCAGAAUUGUUCGCCUGCACGCCUACCGUCCUCUCCAGUUUAGUGCGCCUUGGCGAAUCCUUAGAUCAACCAUCCAACGUUGUACGCCUGGCCCAUUUUAUUGGUUUAAUCGGACGUCGUUUACUUGAAGUCCCAUCACUCGAUUCAUUGGAUUCCUGUGCUGAUCGAUUUUCUGACUUGGCCGACAUUCUGGUUGGAUGGGGAGUGGACCCCUCCAGUGUCACAAGAGGCAUCAGUUUGACGCCCAUCUACUUUGAACUUUGUCAUGGCCUAUCGAAUUGGUGGUUACAUCCACCCAUCUCUCGGCUACGUCCCGUCAAGUCCGAAAAAUUCAGCCCGGUCGUAAUCAAGAGUAUACGUCAGAUGAUGUUUCAUCUCAUGGAAGAUAGCGAAAGUACCUUGAAUACAGCAUUUAUCGAGUGUUCAACGAUUCUUGCCUCAAACCGCCACUCCGUUUCUGGCUCUUCCAAGUCAUCUCCAGAUCCAACUGGUUUUUUGAUAGCUACUAGGUUGUUCUUGUCUGUUCUCAGCAGCGUCGCCACAGGAAUCUCUCUCCAACUACUCAAUUUUAAAGAAUGCUCUUUCAGGUCAGUGCUUCGUCUCUCCUCACAGGAGGUCAUCGAUUGGGUCGAACGUUUGCUAAGACUAAUCAAAUCAGCGCAUAUGUGCCUCCGUUCUUCCUGGCCCAGUUGCCCUAUGGUGCUGUGGCCUUCAGUUCAACCCGGCCACUCCGGCGCCCUGCAUAUCUCCCCGUCACUCGUGGAUACUAUCGAAUCACCUAUACUCGAUCUGCUCUUUUGUUUCCUCGAUCAUGACUCAUCAGAUACUGUUGUCCAGAUAAUGACCAACUUUUUGAACAGUCGGUUACUAGACUCUGCUGGACGCUUGCCAAUGUCCAACUCCACUCUGCUUUCAAUGUUACGUCUCGUCCAUCGAGUUGUCGAGCGGCUUCCUCUACCAACCGAUUACCUGUUGACUUAUUUCGGCUCAAAUUCUUUGUUGCAUACUUGCAAGUUUAUCACAUCGACCAGUCGAAACCAGGAACCUCCUUCAAGUCUACUUAUGCGGACCUUGGUCAGCCUAGUCUCCCUAGACUCUUGUCGAGAUGCGUUGAGUCAGUUGGCUCUGUUUGAUCUCAAACAAGCUGUAAACCUAGUUGAGACUGCUGAAUUCAGCGAACCUACAUCAGCGGUGAUUGCAGGAAAAUGUGAGUCUCUUGGCCUCUUUGGGUUAACGCUGUACUCGACAGUACUGAAGACCUCAUCUUCAAAAGCACAAUUUUCCAUGAGGUGCAAAUUGUUUGCCGUCAUGCAGCAGAAUGGUUUCUCUGUUUGGAAUGUUCUUCCCGUUCGCCUUAGAAUCGCAAUUUUGUCGCUCCUUACUCACGCGUCACUCAACGAUGCGCUCUCCCUUGCUGACAUUACAUAUUUGGUGAAAGCCCCAAAUACUCAAUUGUCUUCCUCUCUGGAACUAGUUCUCAUCGCUGACCUCAUAAGUGUUGCACUAAACAAUUCAGAUUUGGGCAACAAAGAAAAAAUGGAUUAUCUGUUCCGUCUACUCGAACUCGCACGCAAGGCAUUACUUUCGAAUCGCUGCUUGCAGGUGCAUCCUACCAGCGUGUUCAACCGUUUCACCAAGAUUCUUCUCACACAUGGAUUUUGUGACCGUACAUUCCACAGAAGUUCCCGUUUUACAAGACGGUUAAUACAACUAACUCAGCUAGCCUCAACAGUUUGUCAUCCAGAAGUUAAUAAACUUGCUAGUGAUCUUUUACUCGCUCUUGGUACGUCGCGCUUGGCAUCGAGCUUUCCCGGUACUCCAUCCAACAUCUUGCUCUACUACAUUGGUCAACGUCCAGAUCGUUCGUCUACUUCUCUAGUGAUACCCUCGAAAAUCGCAUCUGACUUGGCUCCCAGCGGUAUAGUUGGUUCUGCGAGUGCCUAUCCCAGCCUUCCGGCUGUUGCCGGCGUUCUAGGUAUCCUGACUCGCGGAGCUCCCUAUCAUAUCCCAUGUGUAUCCAGUCGCUUGAAACUUCUUGAGCAACCAAUCGAUUGGAUCAGACGCCUGUCAUUUCUAAUUUCGCCGAUUCCUUCAGAUUCUGCGUCUGUCAUCCGCUUACAGUCUCAAACCGAUCGUGUCGGCUCUGUGUUCUGGUAUGCCGCAUGGACUAUGGUGGACUACAAAUUGAAAGUUGCUCCAUGGGCUAAUCCGUUGAAAACUUUUCUCGCAUUGGAGGGUGCACUCCGCGCUCUGCUUCAAUGUUUCUCCACAGACCAACCUACUUCAUGCAGCUCUGUUCCGACGAAUGCGGCCGCUGCCAAUUUUCACAAUUCCUCUGGCCUUUCGCUUGCUAACCAGACUUGGCCCCGGCACUUGAAACAAUCCCAUUUUCUCAUCUUAUUCCUGGGCUACUUGGAACGAGUAAUCGCCAAUGCAACCGCAGGGUUCGCUUUUGCUAUCCCUCGCCCCGUCUCACCUGCAUGCUCCUUUUUCUCUACCAACGAAGCUACCUGCACACAGUGGUUUAACCGAGUUCGUGGACUCAUUGUGCGUAUUGCUGGUGCGUGGCCACUAGUUCCAUCAACUGGGCUUGGCCUCGCCGUUGAAUCUUCGGCCACUGUUGUGUUUCACUUUUACUCUUUAUUCAAUUCGUCCACGGAUGCUAAAUCGGCCGAUACCAAUUGGAGGAUAGCUUUCAGUCGAUUUUCCGAUGAUGUACUUAUCCACGCUGCUCGGAGUCUGUAUCAUCUGUCUGCAUGGGAAGAAUUGUAUGCCUUAGCCGAUUGGGCCGGUGAGUGGGCGACUUCGGACACAAACAUGUUCAACCCCUUCGGGUGGCUAACUGGCCUUGGUUAUUUGGCCCGCGGGUACUGGGACGAUGGAUUGAAGACUUUGCGUGAGUUUAUCACCACAUGGAUCGACCUAAGAUCGUCGUUGCCUCUCGCUGACUACCAAGCACUUCUAAAUGGACGCACUGAGACCAAUCUUGCCUAUGCCACCGAACUUCUUCUCCGCUGCUAUUUGGAUGAGGGUAACUAUAAGGCUGCUUCGGAACUGCAACACACUCUGCAACCGACCGAUAACCAACCUCUCCCAGAUGCUCUCCGAUCUACCAUUCGCAUCAAUUGGGCACGUUUGGAUUGCUUUUCCAAGUUAUCCAGUUGGACCGAUUUAUCCCACGUGGAGACGCAAGCACUCCCUAAAAGUGACCUGACUACUUGGCCCAGCCGCACAUUCCCUUCGACGCUCGAUACUCUCCUUGCCGAGGCAGCUGUAGCUCACCGACACAUGCCGUUUGGUGACGUGUUGUCUGCCAAGUUGCAGAAAUUAGUCACUCAUAUACGUCAGGCAUCUACCGCUAUGUACACUUCUUCGUGUAUUGGAUAUCCCUGUGUUUCCGACGUUCAUGCCCAUGGUGAUGAUGGCUUGUGCUCCUGGUUGACUCUUGCUGAUAUUUUACUAAAAUCUCGGACGCAAGACAUAGAAGACUGCGACUUGGCUGGAGAACCUGCUAAUUUUGUUGCCGUGUCUUCUUGGUGCCAUCUGUUAUCCGGUCGUCAAUUGCGUAUCAAUUCUGCCAACAUCAGCUUGCAAUCAUGUCGCUGGGCUUUAUCCAGACAAAGCCCCGCACUUGCACAACGCCUGCUUCUUCGAGAAAGCCACAAUUUAGUCCCAAAUGGCUCACCAAAUGCCAAUCAACCUGACCUUCGUUCAAUCUAUAACUUGACUCGAACGAAUUCGUUUUGUGAGACAGAGCGGCUAUCACAGCUACAGCGACUUCGGUUUUCCAGCUGCCUAGCUGAGUUGCUUUGGCUUAAUGACCAGUCAAGUGGUGAUGCUUGUGCAGUUUCUGAUAACAAACUGGCUGCCAUCGAUGUUCUCUGUAGAGGCCUUAGGACCGCACUGCUAGACGAAGUUACUCAGGAUACGCGUCAACAUGCUACUCGAUGCAAAAUGUCGGUUGAGGUUUCUUUUCGUUUGUUCGAAUGGUUAAACGAAGCGUCCACCGAGUCAGCUAUGUCUUGGGCUGAUGUCGUUCAUCGCCAAGCGUCGGAGCAGACCAUGUCAUCUAAGCUGAUGAAAACGUCGACUAUCGCGAAUCACUUGAAUUUCUUUAGCCGUUUGGUUGAUGAACCCUGGGCAAAUGGGCUACCGCUGAUUCCACCCGGCAACUUUUCCGCUCCUGGUCGUUCUUCUUCGAGACCAUCGAGUCACACUACUUGGACUAGUCGCCUUCUCAUGAUGGCUACUCGACUCUCUCCCAGUGGCUCUUCGACCAAAGCUUGGUUGCGUAUGGCUGAUUGGUGUUUCACUCGUGGACAGUCUCUGAUUGAGGAAACCCAAGCUGCAGCCAAGUCUCUUUUGGAAUCUUCUAUUGACUCCGAUACCCUUACCACCGCUUCUGGCCGUCACCCGAAGAAGUUACUACUGGAUAUGUUGCAACCUGAAGAAAGAAAAUCCGUCUGCUCCUCCCUUCGUGAGCACCUUUCCUCCUUGAAUUCAGCCGCGUUGGUAUCGGACGAGGUUAUAGACGACCAUUUACCUCGUUUGAUUGCUUGUUUGACUGGUUUCAUGGUAUUUGGUGCAGAUGGAACCGAAACGACUGUUUCCGAGUCUUCAUCGUCUCAGCUCGACAUUGAACGACGUAGACCGCUGCGUUUCUACUCCAUUUGUCCAGACGAAAAAUCUGAUGAGUUUCAGAUGAUAGAACGAUUGAGAUCCCAUUUGCACUCUAUUUUGCCUGCUAUUUUCCCCUCCCCUACAUCCAUCUCGCUGGAGUCGGCCCGAUAUUUUCGUCAAUUAGUUACAUCUCUCACUCACCGACAGUAUGGUUUUCACACAUCUGCAGCCCAAGCUUACGCAACAUUUCUCACUGUGGCAGGUCAGCAGACAUCACCGACCGAUUCACCUGCCACGUCAGAAGAUUAUGCCUCCAAGUUAGACACCACUACAGCCAUUUUAAAGCUGCUGGAUCUACUGUCUGCUCCCAGCCGUGCGCUUCGCAAUUUGAUCGCCGGAUUCCUGAUGCAUGGUGCCCCGUCCGCUCACUCGUUCGAUCUCAACUUAUCACUAUCCGGAGACGAAUCAGCCUCAACAACCGUACCGGGCACCCAGACUUCCGAACGUCGAAUAACUAGUCGCAUGCCGCCAUACCUCGGAACUACACUUGGUGGACCGUCUAUGUGGGAAGUAUGCCUUCCACAGGCACUCGUUCGUCUUAGUCUACCCGACCCCAUCAUACGACGCUGUUUGGUCGCCUUGUUACAACGGCUUAUCUUCACCGGGAGCCAAUCAGUUGGAUAUGGUCAUCCCGUUUCACAUGACAGUAAAUAUCCCUCAUCACCAUUGCGAUUCGCUGCGCAUCUAGUCUUCCCCGCAGUGGUGGCUGUUUUGGACGCAAACAGGCUUACCUUCACUCGCGGUGCCACAAAGCCAGAUGCCUCCACGGUUGGAGACAUUAUUCCGUCCUCGGUCACUUCUGCCAGUUGCUUCACUGAAAUCAUCGACGCCCUACAAAGCGCAGGUUUCACCUCUCUCGUCCAUCAAGUGGAGUUAUUUGUUUCCGAAUUGCAGCGUAUCACUUUGUUAUGGGAAGAAUUGUGGCUCGGCACCCUAUCGCAGCACCUCGAGGAGUUGACAAAAAAACUCGCACUGUUAGAAUCAGAAAUCAAGCGGUCAGUACAGUUUUUCAACUCCAAUCCAUCUACUGUCGCCAAAGUCACAACCGAGCACAUUCAAGUCGCCAACAGCAAGUGCCACUCUCACGCGUCUCCGCAUCGGGAUGCCCUGUUCUCAAACCAGUCGGAGUUAUCUGUGUCACACGUCUCAACAGACUCUGUCAUGCCAGAUGAAUCCACUCAAUCAGCACAAAAACUACAGAGGAUCAUCGCAUUGAAGUUCUUGUCAAUCGCACAGCCUACUCUUAGCCUUUUAUCCCAAUUGUCCGCACUCACCUUGGAAGUGCAACCCGAGACCCCACACGAAGAAUGGUUCCAGCGUACUUUUGGUCCAAUGAUUUCUGAACUACGCGAAUCUCUCACUAAUCCUGUUGAUGUGAUGGACGCCAAGGCUCCCUUGGGCCUUAUGCGGCAUCUUAUCAGCCAACUGCAAUCCGUGCACCAUUGGCCGGACUCCACCCGUGUUGCGGCGACCAUUAGACCCAACGAACUUUCAACCCGUGAACAGGUCAACUACGUUGCCCCAGCACGCUCUUCCUUCAGCAGCAUUCUCUAUUUUAGCCUGCAUCAUCUGAGUCCUCGAUUGGCUCGUAUGCGCUUCGGUUGCGAAUCUGAUUGUCUUGAUUCUGUCGCCCCCGAUCGUCAAACUUUCGGCGGCAUCCCAUUACCAGGUAGAUUUGAAUUGCAAUCAGUCCGUCUGUCAAGUCGUAUCGCAGUUUUACCCACCAAAACACGUCCCAAGCGCCUGGUGUUUUGCGCUGAAAACGGACAUUCUUAUCCAUAUUUGCUAAAAGGACUCGAAGACCUACGCUUGGAUGAUCGUGUCAUGCGCCUAUUUGAGUUAGUCAAUCUCGCUAUGGCUGAACUUUCCGGUGCAGGCGCCGUUCACGUCAAUCAAAUUUGUGCACGCACCUAUGCUGUCACUCCCUUGGGUGUUCGUGCUGGUUUGUUACAAAUGGUUCAAGGCGCUACGCCGUUAUUUAGCCUAUACAAGCGCUGGCAAAUGCGCGCGAGUAAAUUGGACAGUGAUUUACCUUUGGCCCCUUCUUCCGGAGUCAUGCAAAUACCGAGACCUGGUGAAUUGUUUCACGCUCGUCUGAAAGAUUUCCUCAUUAAUGCCGGUCUUCCAUAUCAUUCCCAUGCUCGUUCUUCAUGGCCCUUGGAGACGCUCAGGGAGGUUUUAUUGUCAUUAGAAGCUGAAACUCCUGCUGAUUUACUUUCUCGUGAAAUAUGGGCCUCUAACCCUUCGUCGGCCAGCUGGUGGCAUGCCUCACGCACGUUCGCCCGUUCGGCAGGUCUCAUGAGUAUCAUAGGCUAUCUGGUGGGUUUAGGCGAUCGGCACUUGGAUAACUUGUUGGUGGAUUUGACAACUGGUCAUCUGAUCCACAUCGAUUACAAUGUGUGUUUUGACAAAGGACGAACUCUACGAGUGGCUGAACGUGUUCCCUUCCGAUUGACACGCAUCCUUCGCCAUGCACUGGGUCCGUUGGCUGGAGACUUUCGCGUGCGUGGCACCUUCCGCACAGCCGCUGAAGAAGCAUUACAACUAGUGCGCACCGUCUCGGAUCCAUUCCUUAUUCAACUGAAAGGGUUCCUCAUAGAUCCACUUGUGGACUGGCAAUGCAAACGCCCGAUGUCUUCCGCCCAGUCAUCAGCCCCCAUCGUUGUCACUGACUUCACUCACCUUAGCGCCUACAUGGGCGGUGGCAGUUCUACAACCCAUAAGCACCAAAUCGCCACACAUUUGCGUAAGCUUCAUCGGAUUAAUGCUGAGAGUCGCUUGUACGUUGGUCUUAUAGCAACACGAUUGUACGAAAUGUGUCACACUCGUUCACUCCAAACUGUUCAUUCCGCCCUGGAACAAGUCAUCGACCGUUUACGUACUUGGGAUGAAUGGCGCCUAACUGAUUCGGAAGCAUCCAUCGCUAAACGAUCUCAUCGUACACUCACUGAUGCCACCACCUCAGAACUUGAUUUGUCUGAGAAACGUUGUCGCGCUUCCGAAGCGGCUUAUCAAAACUUACUUUAUCUCCAAGACUCUCUAUCUGCACAACUACGUACAUGGUCGGCGGAUGCGGAAGCCCUGUGGGAGGCCUUUAAGCAAUUGGAUGACCCCACUUGGCUCCCGAGUGUCUUGCUUUGUUCAGAUGUACCUGAACUCGUGAACACAGUGUCGCGCUACUAUUCCAUCGCGCGAGUUUAUCUGUCGCAUCCCUCACUGCGACCUACUCAGGAAUGCUGGAUGAACCAUGUUAUCUCCGCUCAGUCUUCGUUGAGUGUUCUCGUCAGGUUGCAGCCUAUCACCGCCGAAUCCAUACAAGCAUGCACCACACAUUUGGAAUCACUUCAACAGGCACCAGUCGACCUUGCAACUGAUUAUGCACUUAUCCAUAAUCUAGAGAAGGCUAUUCAUGAACAGGAAUGUCUCAUCGAACAACUGAAAGGUGGUCCAACGGAUGCCGCUCCUUCUGGGUCCCCGGCAUUGUUGGAAUGGCAAGUUGUUAUCCGGCCCGAAUUGGACAAUUUGCAUUUGUUUCUUUACGAUCAAGGAUCACUCGGCCUUAUGGCUUACUGUUGGGCUUUGAUAGACUAUCUUCCUAACGUGGUCGCCAGUGUACUGAACCUAGAAACCGAUCCGCACUCUUGGCAUCAAUGCAACGACACGAGCCUCUCCGAUUUGCCCUGUAAUUAUCUGGAUCAGUUGACGAUGUAUGCGGAAUGCCUGACCGGCUUGUUCAGCGUGCUGCAUCAUCCUCAAACCGGUACUCUGCAUUUCACCGCAGGUUUUGAGGCGGAUGUUCGCCGCGAGUUAGCUUUCUUUCUGAGCAUUCGAGAUGUGUGUCUCUGCUUGUCUCGCUUGUAUUCCAAUCUCACGAGACUUCUUCUACCCGAAGCUAUUGAUGCAUUAAUGGUUAAUGCAGUUGGCGAUUUGGCGGAAGAUUUCUCCAAAUUCGUGGCUCGACAUUUAACUGAUUCGAACGUCGCCAAUCUCUCCGAGCUGGUUGGGACUUACCUCAAAACAUAUGUUAUAACCAACUCAGCUGACGGCCGUUUGCAUCAAAUACUCAUCGCAGUGCACUUAGCUCUCACCAAUACCACCGCACAGUUGGAGGAAAUCGCUCUGCGUAUCCGUGCAUACCCCAUCACCGCGCCCGCUUGGUAUUAUGUGGAUUUGAUGGCCCAAGCGACGGCUACUCUGCUUUCACGCUGCUCCGGUUGGCAUGAUGGUGCCACCUGUCUGUGGGGUUGGGAACCAUCUGGCGGAUGCGAUACGCACACUGAUUCUACCUCACCAUGCUCUUGGCUCGAUGAAGUCUACGCAUCAGGGCUGAUGGCAUUUGUGUCUCUAUUGGAUGAAAACCGAUCCCACUGGCAAGCUCUGCAACUUUCAAGCACCGAUGUCAAAGAAGAUAUCAUUCUAACUCCAUUCUCCCGUCCUGCAGACCGUUUCAUUGGCCGCCUGAUAUCUCGCACUGCCCUGGCUAGUCUUACAGGUCUUGCUCUAGGGCGCUUGUACUGUGCUCUUAUAGAAAAUACUGGUGUGUCCAUCCGUCGACUCGUGCUGGAAAGUGACGCUCUAACUAAAACAGCUUCUGGUAUCACCACCCCUGUGCUCACUAACAUAACAUCAGAUAAAUUAACGGAGACUGCGUGUCUUCAUCUAUCUGUCAUUCGUCCCGUCGGUGUUCAACACCUACGUGGUCCCGCUUCUAACUUAAUCCAUCGAUUAGCUGAUCGCGCCGGCGAGGCGGGUGAUCGUUGGUGUAGAGCCAAGAAUUUAGAGCUGGCUGAAAAGAAUUUGGUGCAUUUGACUACAACUCUGGCAGUAAUUCGUUGGACUCACUCCCACAGUUCGUUGCCCCGUAUGCCAGUCGAAAUUAAUGGACCUGUACAAUCGCCUUUGGUACCAGAUAUCGUAGACGUGUUGGAAGCCAUACAGAAAUCGUUAUCUGAUGUGACUUCAUCAGCGGAGCAACCCAGUCCCAGUGUGCAGGCGCUUGUUCAAGUCGCCAAAGCUAUUUGCUUCUUCGAACGACUACGAAUCGGGCAUCCUGAAGCAUGUUCAUACUCUAAAACCUGCCGCAAUCUGCUGGAGCAACUGAACGACGCAAUGCAGUUGAAACUGUCCGCAGACACUUCCCUCAUUGAACUAGACAAGAUAUUGCUGAGUUUGAAGGAUCAGUACAAACUCCAGUGGCCCGCGCGUGCUUGGCUGUCAGGUCCCUGCGUUUCAUCAGAUCACGGCGCCCUGUGUACUUUAAGUGAACAGCUCAACUUGAAUGUCACAAAUGCAGCAACUCUGCUAAAGAGUGCAACUAGGCAACUGUAUCGUAUCCGAUCUGAAUUACGUUCUCUCGAUCACGGUUCUGUACCGAAUCACCCUCUCUCUGAAAAGAUUACCACGAAUUCAGUUGUACCAGGACGUCUUCCACAUAAACGUCAAACUCGUCAUUCGCAACAACGAGCAAUGGCAUCGUCUCCUGUCCUACCUACUAGUCCUUCCCUGCCCUCCACUCAUGCCGAAAAUCAGUCUGCUCUGAUAACUGCGCUCCGUGUUGCUUUAACUACCCUACAGUGUGAAUUUCUCUCGGAAAUUCGGCAGUCGGUGAAAAUGUUGAGUCGCUACGACGCUGCUCGCUCUUCGUUAACGUUUUGUGAAAACAGUUCUUCGCAACAGAUCUCAUUCUGGUCUUCCUGGCUUGAGGCUCAUCAGUCGUGGAUUACCUGUGCAUUGCAGCUGAUAAAACAACUGACUCAGUUUGUGCGUCAAUCUGCUAACGAUGAGUCUUCCGAAGAACGAACGGAUCCUGGCUCUUGCCUCAGAUCAGAGGCCAAUGAGGCUUGUCGUAUAUUGGCCGAAUGCCGCUCGCUACAGUCCCGCGUUUGGACGGAAUUGCUCUCUCCAUUGAUCACUGCUGUUCGCCAAACAUUGAACUCGGAUGAGGGUAUGUCCCGAAAUUUCCGCGAACUUCUGUCCAACUUGGAGUGUCAUCUUUUGGCUACACUGUCUCUCAAUCCCCCGCUCCCUGCUGCUUCCUCGACGGAGCUACAGUCUUCCACCGGUAUGCCUACACCCAGGAGCGGACGUAACUCCCGAGGUUUUGCGCUACCAACACCGCUUCCCUAUACCGGUGAGCCAGUAAAUCUUCAAGCGCUCAGUAUCUGGUGUCUUAUUCGAAAUCGACUCAUGGGUCUCGAUCCAACUCUCAAUUGCUCGUUAUCUGGUAACUUUGAACCUAACGAUGACCGACGCGUUGGUGGUACAACCUGUAUGUCAGUGCGUGAACAAGUGGACGUCUGCAUUCGAUCUGCCACGGACAUCGACAACUUGGCCCUCAUGUAUGAGGGCUGGACCGCCUGGGUUUGAAAAUCCGCAAGGUAAACCAUGGGUGCCCCUCUCGACAUCAUCCCCAUCGAGUGUCCUGACCUGAAGUGGAUCUCACCGACAGACCUAAUAGUUCGAUUCUACUUACCGCUUGUUGUCUGUCAAGCGCAAAGUUUGUCACUAAGCACCAAUCGCCACUUGGCAGCGCUCGAUUUUGUGAGUACGCAUCUAGCAAGUGUCAGGACCACAGUGAAGAUGUGGAUAACAGAAUCGGCGAAGUGUUUUCCUUGAUGGCAGCCUGUUGUCAUCUAGAGUUCGCUCAAUCGCGAACCCGAUUUUUUCGAUGCAUUCUUCGCACGCUCCUGCGUCGGGACAACAGCCGUCUGCCGUUAAUGUAGACAUGUUACUGAUCCCGUUACCUUUGUCUUUUCUUCCUUCUUACCGUGUCCCGUUCUGUGUUUGCGCACCAUCCGAUGUAGGCGAGCGGCGAACGGUAUUUAACAAUUAACUUUGCGCUUUGCCAGUGACGGACUCCGGCUGGACUCAGGUCUUGGGUCUCAAAACAUCCACACUUUAUUGGAAUACUCGAUGCGUUUCAACCGAGCGGAAUGCUUUCUUCUGGUGGUCAACCUCUUUGUGUGGGUGCUUGCAGAGUAAGUAUUUCUGUCACUUUUUUGUUUUAUCGACGCACUCAUGAUUUUCGCUUGUGUGCUGCUGACUCCUCACUAUUUUCUGUCCAAAUCUGGCACUUCGAAUGCUAAUCUAGUUGCUUACGCGUACAAUUGCUUUACUAGCCGCGUAGUGGGAGCGAUGAUCAGUUGGUUGUGGACUCAUAUCACAUCUGAUGGGUGAGACAAGGGCAAUUCACGCUACCUAGGCAGUCCCUAAUGUCUUCAACGUUUUCUGUGCAACAAUGUACUUCCCUUUAACGUAGAAAAAAGACACUGCCUGUGCCUAUGAUCUGUGCUAAAUAUGGACCCAGCUCCUCGUUUGAUGGAAUAGCUACCUAUUAUAACGUCUGACUGUAACUGAACCCACUCCGAACGGGAAGCAAGAACACCACCGUGCCGGACGAGCUGUAUUGAAAAACUGGCAAAGCUGAGCAACCGGGAUGCAGGAGAUCAAUAGGCCAACCACAUGAGAUGGCAUAGGCAUGCUUGGUGAGCGAUCUAGCUCUGAACGACAGUCGUGCGUGUGUCCAACACAAUCACCUGCAGAGACAAUCACGAAUGUCAAACUAUCUAGCCGUGAGCGGCUAUGAAGCGCGAGCCUGUCUAACACUACCUAUCAUUAUUCACGUGUUGUGAUGUUGGCCGAGCUAGGCAACUUGAUUGCAGACGUUUCGCCACCAAUCUAGGGUGGCAUCUUCAGUGCGUAAUAACAAGUCUCUUGUUAGCUGGUACUGAGAUUCAAGCAAAUCCAGAUGCAGAUCUCUGAUCACUUGUCCGUCUCUUCCAAAUCUUCAACUCUAUCCUAAUUUACUACAUAUUCGCUUAAUCUCGCCUCUAGUUUUUUUCUGUCCUUAUUUCCUCCAAAUCUAAACACUCAGUAAGUCUGUCUUUGGGUCAGUAUAGCCGAAUCCAUAACCCUAAGUUCGUUCAUCUCUUUGGAUCAGAUGCCCACGUCUUUCACGUGUCCAGCUCUUCAGAUCACACUGCUUUACAUUGGUUAAAUAUUCUGACAAUCUCAAUGUGUGUGGCGUUUACAUUUGAAAUCGUCCACACUUACGUUCAAUCAUGUGUCUGUCUUCGGCGAUGCUAUCUCUCCGAACUGUCUUCGCCUCCUUAUUGAGCCUUUACGUCCUGCCCUAGGAAACGUCAGUUUAUUCCCAACCGUAUCACCUUUUGGUCUCUAUAAUUGUGUGUCCGAUAAUUUAGAACAUACAGAACAAUUGUUUUCCCUUUCUCACGUUAAAUCGCACCAUCUACAUUUUGCUUCAGAUCGUCACACAAUGCCAAAGUUGCAAGCCAUGCUGUACCCGCCACCCCGAGCCUCUUCUCAGUCCACUGCGUGUUCCCCACGGUGUGUGUAUGUGUGUGUGUGAACAAACCUCGCACUCAUCGAACUUCUUAUCCAUUGCCGCUUUCUUGUAUCUUCUUCCGCUAAUUCAAAGUAGACAUUCUGUGUGUUCAUCCGCUAUUUGUUGUUCAUUCAAUUUGUCUAAUAAACUUUGUCGCUC